GUUUACCCGUCCCCUCAACUGCGCAGGGGUAUCAUCGUCAUAAACGCCUUGCCCCAGCAAAGGAAGAUACAUAAAAUAAUCCGCUGACUUUUACGAGAGAUAUAAAUAAUGUCAUCGCCGGGAAAAUCAAGGAGAAAAAUAGUCGAAUAAUCUAGGCAGUGGAUAUGGAGGAAGAAAGUGGGAAGGCGGUGGUGGUGAAUUUGAUCGAAAGAGCCGUCGAAUCUACGACAGCGGAGGUGGAUCCUCGCCUCCUCAAAGCAAUUAAAUUUACGGUUCGCUACUCCGAUUCGGAGCUCCGAUUUGCCGCUGAAACCCUAAUGUCCUUCAUGAAACGCGAUCAUUCUCAGGUACGGUAUCUCGCGCUUCUCAUAAUAGACCAACUUUUCAUGCGCUCAAAGCUCUUCAGGAAUCUUCUGAUUGAGAAUCUUGACCAAUUACUCAGCUUAAGUGUCGGGUUUAGAGGAACUCAUCCCCUCCCUGAUCCUGCUUCCAUUGCUUCCCUUCUUCGUUCAAAGGCGAUCGAGUUUCUAGAAAAAUGGAACGAAUCUUUCGGAAUUCAUUACCGGCAGAUAAGGUUGGGGUACGACUAUCUCAAGAACACUCUCCGUUUCCAAUUCCCAAACCUGCAAGCCAAUGCUGCUCGCGUUCAACAAGAAAGAUUGGAAAGGGAGAUGAGAACGAAAGAGAUUUUAUUGAAAAAGUACGAAUCCUUGAAGGAGAAUUUUCCAUUUGUUAAGGAAGAAAUACUUGCCAAGAUCAAUGAAAUUGACGAGUGCCUUGAUAUUGUUCGACUGGAGGAUGACGAUGUGCCUUUGGUUCCUCUUGAUGACGAAGAAAUGGAAGAGUUUCGUAACUCGGAGUUACGUCAGAUCCGUCUUGACUCCUUGAAAGAGGGAGAAAAAGUUCGGGAGAACAGUGAAAACAAAGUUGUUUUUGAUGCGCUGAGGGAGUUCUAUAAAGUUUUAGUAACUAAGCAUCUAGUUGGGAUACAGGAAUGGAUUUCUGUUCUGAUCAGGGUGGAACUUCCAGACAAUAGGUUUCGAGACUCUGCUUUGAAAGAUCUGAUAGAUUUAAGAAACUCGAUUCAGUCCACAAAAAGAAAAUGCGAGGAGUUGGGUUGUGACCUUUCCAAAAGUGCAAAAGCUGAGGAAGAUGAUAUUUGGGAAGAUGGUACUGUAGAACCACUCGAAAAGGGGAAAGUCAGUCCGGGGUCUUCUACAAACAACAAUUCACAGACUGCAUCAACUUCCAACAGCGCACGAGACAAUAUUUCGAAAAAUGGGAAAAAUAAAAAGAGUUCAGACCCCAUUCGAAGUGAACUCUUGAAUGAAGCUCCCAUUCUCAACUGGGGUUCUUUCUUGGACAACUGGGGUUCUAAAAGAGAUAUCUUGGCUAACCAGAGGGGACUGGAUCUCGAGGGCCACUGGGGUAGGGUUGAACAAGAUGCAGUUAUUCCGGCAGACAAAAUUGCCGAACUUAAUGUGCACACAUCCGUUUACAAGGAAAAGCCAGUCGAAAUUCCGCCAUGCCGGGCCCCACUGAAAAAAGGCGGGCUCUGUCAGAGAAGGGAUUUGAAGGUGUGCCCUUUUCACGGGCAAAUCAUCCCGAGGGACGAUGAAGGGAAACCAGUUAACGAAAAUCCCGUAAUGAACGAGAAUACUCGGAACCGAUCAGAGGAGUCGGAUCAUAAUAUGGAUAAUGAGUUAGUCGGUCGGCUUUUGAAGCAAGCCAUGAAGAAUGUCCGGGAAAGGGAUCACGAAGAAGCUAACAAGAGAGUAUUGGACAAGAAGGCCUUGAAGAGAGCAAAGCUUGCGAAAAUCCGCCAGCACAAUGAAUCAGUUUUACGUGAUGCAGCACUUGCUUCGACUUGGAGAUCAAAUGAUGUUGGGGAGAAUAUGGAGACAGGAAGCAGGUCGAGAUAUCAUGGUAGAACCAGUAAUAAUAAACAAGCACUUGCAUCGAUGUUGAGAAAGAAGGAAUCUACUAAGGUUCGAUUGGCUCAGAGGCUUUUGAACACUCGUGCGGGGGAUAGUACAAUCAGACAGUUGACGCAGGCUGAGGAGACUAGUUAUCGGGAGGCAUUUCCGAACCAGUGGUAGAUUAUACUCAUUGGGCUUGUGUAAGAUCUUUUAUUAUAUUUUCCCAUUGUACUGAACAAUUGGAGGACCUUCACUAGUGCUGUACAGAGUUCUAUCAUUUAUCAUUUUUUUAAAAAUUCAUAGAAACUUUGUAGUAUGAAAUGAAAAAGAGGGGUGUUAUGGAACCAAUUUGAAUUCCUCGUGUAGUUUUGUUGGAAACAGUUUGUCCUUUUGAAUAUUUCAGUGAGUAUCUGUAUGAUGAUCGUUUAAUCAACUCUAAUAUUCUUUUACAACUAUGUCAACAUUCGUCUUUGGUUUA